CCCUUUAGUGCCUCCAGUCCUGGCCAUUGAUCACCUCACAGGUCAUUAGUAGAAGGAAAAGGACCACUGACAGAUCAUUUGAGCACGUCGACCGUCACGUCUGCCCACCCAACGUGUAGUUAUGCCUCUCCGGGUAGUGAUGCCAGGUCCUGGACCCUGGGGUUUCAGGCUGGUCGGAGGAAAAGACUUUGAUCAACCGCUGACUAUUUCCCGGGUGUCCCCUGGAAGCAAAGCAGCCCAGGCCAACCUGUGUAUCGGCGACACGAUCUUAGCUAUUGAUGGUGAGGCCACAGACAACAUGACUCACUUGGAAGCACAGAGCAAAAUUAAAGGUUGCAUAGAAGAGAUGGCGCUUUCUAUAGACAGAUCAGAAAAUAAGUUGUGGUCGCCGCUGUCCUCAGAAGAAGGGAAGUCACAUCCCUACAAGAUGAACCUUGCGUCAGAGCCACGGGAGAUGAAACAAAUAGGCUCCGCCCACAACAGGAGUGCUCUGCCAUUCACCAGUUUCGGUUCCAAGGUUGUGACCAACCAGUACAACAACCCAGCUGGCCUCUACUCGUCAGAGAACAUCAAGAACUUCAACUCGGCUGUGGACGAAGUUAAAACAAUGGCAGCCACCGGCGAACCUGACAGCGUAGGUGCAUCAGAUCCAUCACAGGCCACCAAGCGGCCUCCCAUAGCAGCAGAUUCAGAGGUCUACAAAAUGCUGCAGGAGAACCAAGACGCCGAUGAGCCCCCCCGACAGUCUGCUUCAUUCAAGGUGCUUCAGGAGAUUCUUGAGACAGGAAACUCUGACAAACCAUCAGGGUUCAGGAGUGUCAAAGCGCCAACCACAAAGAUUGGAUCCUCUGUCGGAAAAGCAGAGAAGCUGCCUGUCUGUGAUAAAUGCGGAUCAGGGAUUGUUGGGAUGUUGGUGAAGCUGCGCGACAAGUUCCGGCACCCUGAAUGUUACACCUGCACAGACUGUGACGUCAACCUGAAACAGAAGGGACAUUUCUUCGUGGAGGACCAGAUUUACUGCGAGAAGCACGCACGCGAGAGAAUGACCCCGCCCGAAGGCUACGACGUGGUCACGGUUUUCCCAGAGUAAACCCCUCUUGAGCUCCAAUAGUUUAGCGACAACCCCAGACGUUCCGACAUUUAGCUCCUUCUUCCUUUGCGCUCUUCUGUGCAGCCACUGGCACUGGACAGAACGUCGAUUUGCACAUAUGAACUUUGACCUCCACAGUAGGAGAAGCAUUCACAUUCACAUAGGCAUCAGUCAUGUUUUGCCACUGAUGAGUGCAGUAUUCACAAGAAAAGAACCACCGUCUUUGAGGGGUCUGUGUUUAUGAUGCUCUUUUUAAACCUGGCAACAAGGGACGCUCUUUAACCCACCAAACACAACCAUUUUCUACUGUUUUUAUUGAAUAGGCAAAUAUAAUACAAAAACACAUUUUGAAUAUCAAUGCCAAAUAAAUAUUUUAGUUGUCUCUUGCCUCACGUUACUUGAAUGAUUUGCGUUUGCGGCUGGAACACAACUAGAUAAACACAAGAAGUGCAUGUUUAAUGAGGAGACUUAUCGACAAUGUCGAGUCAUUACGUUUUUGCACCAAGCAAGUGAAAGAAGCUACAAACGUGAGCUUUGAAAGUCAUUAUUGCCAAGUGUGCAUGAGCUCAUUUUCACUAUAGAGUGACUUGGAGUAAAAGGUGAGUGGGAAACAAAAAGUCAGAUCAGACGUGGAGUGAUCCUCAGCUGCAGGUGGACUGGCCCGGCUGAAGACCGGAGGGUAGUCCGCCGCGUGUUGCUCUCCCAUGCGCAGAGUCUCUGUAAGAGCCCAGAUGUAAUUGUGGGCGAAGCGCAGCGUUUCAAUCUUAGUCAGCUUGGUGUCCUGCGGGAGAGCUGGUAAGAUGUUCCUCAGCGUGUUCAGAGCUGAGUUGAGGUUGUGCAUCCGGUGCCGCUCUCUGUCAUUGGCCUUCAUCCUUCGCCUGCCCCGCAGUGCAGAAUGCACACAUUUGGGCUGCUGCUUUGCCGGUGCUGCCAUCCUGGAUGUGUGCACGGUGCUCUUUGGUGCCUGGUGAUCUUUGGGGAACAUCCUGUUAAAGAGAGGUUGUUUUAUACAGCAUUCCAUUAAAAGGCGAUCACGUUGGAGCUACGAAUGUAAUGAUAUAAAACAAGUCUUUGAACAUAAUCCCCAUUUAAUAAUAUGAGCAGCGUUUGACUCACUGGGCAGGGUGUUAUCUUUUUUCACCAAGGGCCACGUAAUGAAAAAUGAAAGGAUUCAAGGUCUACUUUGAUGUUUUGUACAGCAGCACAUGUCGAUAUGUAUUUCAAGAAAAAACUGCAACUCAGUUUUGUGAUGUAGGUAAAAACAAAAAAAAUUUUAAAAGCCUAUUAGUGAACUUGGGCUUUUUUUUCGCUCUUUUUUUCCGUUUUUGCUGAUUCUUCUAAAUACACAAUUUCAACUUUCUUCUUAAUCUUUGAAAGAUUUCUUUUUCUAAUAUUAUGACUUUAUUCCCAUACUGUAACUUUUCCCCAACCUAAUUUUCCAAA